AUGGGAUGGGGGGGGGGGGCUGAAAGUGUACCUAGGACCGGAUACCAGGGACCAAUGGAUACCAGGGACCGGGACCGGAUACUGGGGACCAGUCAGGAUACCGGGACCGGUCACAACCGGAUACUGGAACCAGCCAGGAUACCCGGGGGUCGGAUACCAGGAACCAAUGGAUACUCGGGACCGAAUACAAACCGGAUACUGGGGACCAAAGAUACCAGGGACCUAUUCCAUUUAUGAAAAUAAUUUAAUUUUAAAAAUUUUU